GAACCGAACAGAUAUUCUUUUCACCUUCACACUGCCUAUCUCUGUCACUCUUGCAGUCUUGCCGAUUAAAGACACGUUUUCUUGCCUGAUUAGCUCUGAGGAAGGUUUUAUCAAAAACUCCACCGGGAGAUAAUUAACGUGAAACAUGUCGCUGGAACAGGAUUUUGAGAAAGCGGUGGAAGAUGUGAAGGUGCUCAAGACGACACCUGCCGAUGCGGAUCUGCUCGAGAUUUACGGUCUGUACAAGCAGGCCACCGUAGGAGACUGCAACACUGAAAAACCUGGCUUCCUGGACUUUAAGGGUAAAUCGAAGUGGGAAGCCUGGAACAGCCGGAAGGGUACCAGCCAGGAGGCGGCCAAGCAAGCCUACGUCGAGAAGGUGCGGCAGCUGAUCGAAAAGCACGGACUUUAGAACGCUGGAAGAGCCCGCCUCUCUCAACUCGAUUCCCGCCAGUGACUAGAAAGCAAGUAAAACUAACAUGCACAAAUUCGAACGCCAUAGGCAGAGUAAUGCUAACGUCUCCCUAUGAAAGGGAUGUCUCAUUGAAAAAGAAAAAAGGAAUGAUUACGACCAUUAGCGGUUAGUGUAGCCGUUUGCAUAUUCAGGAUUGUAUUACUUUGAACUGAUUGUGAAGCACUGUAUUCUUUUUCGAUAAACUUUUUUAAUCUCUUUAUUCCAAGAAUUCUCAGUUAUCAGAAACGAUAUAGGUUUGGAAGAUGAAACUGGUAUGUAGUUCGCAAUGUUCAUCUUAAGAAGAAAUAAAUUUAGUUAGUAUGCGCUGCACGUACAUA